AUGAACCAGCAGAGCAAUCAAUCAAUUCAUAAAGAUCUCAAAAAUAGUAAAGAAGCCUAUGACCCUGGCUGGAGCCAGCAACUACCUAGCAUGAAGCAAAGCCAUUCUAAAGAUAGCUCAUCAACAGGAAAGCCUAUUGACAGAGUUACAUGCCAGAGUAAAACAAACCUACCAGAGAAGAAUUUGGAAGACCUAUUAAAGGAUAUUCUCCACCAAAUCCUCAAGAAAGGCCAGCAGAAAGAUAAUAAAUCUACAAGACCAAAUACUGUAGUGGGGAUUCCAGUAUCAUAUUAG